AUGGUAGACACAGCAGGCAUGUUGGCUGAACAGCAGGUGAAAGCUCACUUCUCAAAUGUAAUGGUAUACACUGGAACCUCCAUUUCUCAUUUGUUUCUUUGUCAGGUAAAAGGACCAGGAAUUGGGCUGCUUGGGAUUUCCAAAGGGGGAGAACUUGGCCUUGCUAUGGCCUCCUUCCUGAAGGGCGUCAAAGCUGCCGUGAUCAUCAAUGGCUCUGUGGCUGCUGUUGGGAACACCAUCUACUACAAGGAUGAGACCAUCCCCCCUGUGACUAUCCUGAGAAAUCGCGUCAAAAUGACCAAAGAUGGUGUCCUGGAUGUUGUGGAUGCUCUGGAGAGCCCUUUGGUAGAGGAGAAGAGCUUCAUCCCCGUGGAGAGGUCUGACACGACCUUCCUGUUCCUAGUAGGGCAGGAUGACCACAACUGGAAGAGCGAGUUCUAUGCGGAUGAGAUCUCUAAACGCUUGCAGGCCCACGGGAAGGAGAAGCCCCAGGUCAUCUGCUACCCGGAAGCUGGCCAUUACCUUGAGCCCCCUUAUUUCCCACUGUUCAACGCUGGCAUGCACCAGCUGGUGGGCACGAACAUCCUCUUUGGAGGGGAGCCUAAGCCCCACGCCAUGGCCCAGGUGGACGCAUGGCAGCAGCUGCAGACUUUCUUCCACAAACAGUUGGGUAGUAAGAGUUAGGGGGCCUCCUAACAUGCAACCCCUCAUCUGCUGGUUUUGGAGAACCUCAAAUACAGUAUCAGAAUGUCAGUUCAGGUUAGUUUAUCUGAACAUAUUCUAAUUCUUCUAAGUCUUUCUUUCUUUCUUUCAAGCCUUUUUUGUUUUGUUUUGUUUUUUGAGACAGAGUUUCUCUGUGUAGCCCAGGCUGGCCUCGAACCCACGUAGAUCUGCCUGCCACUGUCUCCCAUGUGCUGGGACUAAAGUAAAGUUGGGUACCACCAGACCCAGCUUAAGUUCUUCUUCUUUUUUUAAUAUAAUAAAAUAAGUGCCUGUAAAGGACUGAGGAGAGAACUUAGUGGUAACAGAUUUGUCCUUCUUUCAUGGUGCCCUGAGUUCACUUCCCACUGCCGUAAGACAACAAGGAAAUUAAGACUUUGCUGUAAAAAUAGUGCCUAUUGAGCUGGUGAGAUCACACAGUGAGUAAGUGUGCUUUCUGCCAACCCUGACAACUUGGGAUUUUUCCCCUCCUCAGGAUCCACAUGGUGGAAGGACAGAUCCAACUCUGACAAGUUGUACACAUACAGACACACACACACAAAUACAAUGUAAUUUAAAAAUAGUGCCUAUCUAAAAAAGAGUUAUUUUAUAUCCUGAAUCAAAAUGUAUAAUUAUAAACAUUCUUAUUAAAAUAAAAAUUAAAUAAUUAUAGACAAAA